UCUCCCUGAGAACUACAUUAGGGGUACACGCGUCUGUGGUGUACUCAGCCAUUUGCAUGUUAAUUUCACAAAUGUGCUGUUCCGUCUUCUUUAAAUUGCUCUUUACCUCAUUUUAUAAGUUUUUAAAAAUUAUCUUACUUUCCUUUUUAUUCAACAGACAUGGAUGUAAAUAAGAUUAUAAGCAAGAUUCGGAAUGUGGACUUUAAAGAUGUGAAACGAUUUAUCAAAGAAAAUCCUGAAACAGUCAACCAAAGAUCUUCAGGUGGCCUUACAUUACUCAUGGCUGCCUGUGAACAAGGCAAUAAAGAGUUAAUAACCAUAUUGACAGAAUCUGGCGCUGAUCUCAACAUCAGCAACAAUGCCAAGUGGACAGCAUUGCAUUAUGCAGUGGAGAAGUAAGGCUUGAAUUAACUAAAAUCUUCAGAUCUGCUUUUGUUUCAAAAUUUCUUGCAAUUCCAGACAAAUUGAAUAUCCAAAGAUACCAUAAUAGUGGCAGUGUGACACGAUAACAACAUG